AUUUUUUUAGCUUAUAAAAUUCUAAAAAUAAACAUACUCUGACUCUACAAAACAUGUCUAGUGACUGUGUUGUUACUGUUACCAUUGAACUUGGACAUCAAGCAAAUUUUCUCAGUAAACCAUCUCCUGAAGGGUUUACACAUGAUUGGACCGUCUUUGUUCGUGGUCAAGAUGGAAGUAGAUUGGAUGCAUUUGUUGAAAAGGUUGUUUUUAGACUUCACAAAACCUUUAAAUGUCCUCUGCGAACUAUUUCAGAACCUCCAUACAAAGUUUCUGAAUCAGGCUAUGCUGGAUUUUUAUUGCCUAUUGAGAUACACUUCAAGAAUAAGCAGAGUCCUAGAAAAAUUGUUUUUUCUUAUGAUUUGUUUCUGAAUGCCAAAGACAGCCCUCCGAUUAAUAAUGUUAGAAUCGAAAAGCUGAAAUUUCAAAAUCCAACUCCAGAAUUUAAAGCUAAGCUUUUUAAAGCUGGUGGAAUUGAACAAGGGGCUGAUCCUAUCACAUAUCCUCUUCCUGACCAAAUGCCUUUUCUGAUUAAAACAGAGCUUAAGAAGUCAAUUAAAGCUCCCAAAGAUAAAGAGAAAAAAAAGAAAAAGAAAAAUCCCCCAAAGUCUGUUUCUCCAGAUGUAUCGCUUUCAUCAUUAUCAUCAUCAUCAUCUUCACUGUCAGAUAAUGAGCCUAGUUUUUCUUUGCCGCACCCCCCUCAGAAAAAGGAAAAAUGGAUACAUAAAGCAGGAGCAUUGACCUAUCCAUCAACACACUCUAAAUCUGAAUCUUCCACUCACAUAGAUGUUGAUAAGCAUAAAAUUUCUUCUAAAGAGAAAUACAGCUCUGAAAGUGACUUCUCUCACAAGCCUCACAAACACAAGAGCAAAGAUAAAGACCGUGACAAAGUGACUCAUAAAAGCAAAGAUAUGUCUAAGAAAGUGAAAGAUAGCUCUCACAAAGACAGAGAAGGUUCUCAUUCUUCAACUAAAAGCUCUGGGGAGAAGAAAAGCUCCAGUAGCAGUUCAUCUCACAAAGACAAAGAGAGGAGCUCUUCCAAUAAAGAGAAAGAGAGUGCAACUACUGUGCAUUCUGAAAAAUCAGGCUCAUCCAACAAGGAAAAAGAGAGGCAGAGUUCUACUCACAAAUCAAAACAUUCAUCCCACAAAGAUCUUUCAUCAUCAUCACAGGAGAAAAAAUUAAAAAUGGAUACAAAUGAAGUAAAGGUAUCCAAGGAAAAACAUCCGAGUGAAGUUAAAAGCCAUAAACGAUUGCAUGAAACACCACAAGAUAGCAGCAGUGAGAAGAAAAAACUCAAAAGGAGUACAUCAGUUACAAGUGUUGAAGAAAAGCAUAAAACAAAAGUUGAACCUGUAAAAGAGAAGCACAGCAGCAAACAUAAGGAGAGCAAAGAGCAUGACUAUCUUAAGAUGAAAGGAGAGAAGGACCACAAAUCAUCUACUUCUAAGAAAAGUAAACAUGAAUCAAGUCAACAUAGUGAUAAACACAAACAAACUUCUUCAGAGACCAAACAUAAAGAGAAGAAAGAGAAAAGCUCUCAUACUAAACAUCAUGAUUCCAAGUAUAAACCGGACAAGCUUGACACCAACACUAAAGAUAAUCUAGCAAUGAAUGCAGAUUUUCAGCCUAAGUUGUUAAUAUCCCCUUUAAAGGAUAAGUCUAGUGAUGAAGGCUGUCAGGGGCGUUCACCUUUAAUGGUUACUGAGCAGACAAAAUCGAAGAGGUCAAAAAGUACAUCAAGUCACAGUAGCCAAUCAUCUGUACAUGACUUAGAUAAGUCAGACACAGAAGCCCAACAACAGGCUGACAAGGCUAAAAAUAUUAUUUCUGGACUCGCUGAUAGUGACAGUGAUUCUGGCGAAGACUCUGUGAAUCCACCUAAAACACCCCCCAAAGAGCAGAAAAUAUCACAACCUAAACUUCUACAGCCUGUUUCAGAAAGCAGUAAGCAAUCAAAUGCCAAAUUAAUAGAAAAAAAACGACUGGGUGAGUUGGACAACACUGUUCUAGAAAGUGUUAAAACAAGCAGCAAAGAAAAUAAAAUCAACAAAUUAGAUUCAGUUAGUAAAACUGAUAUUAAAAAAGUAAAGGAAAAAGUGACUGAAACAAAAAUGUCUGACAAGCCUUUAGAAAAAACAAGCACUAAAGACUGUGAUAUACUUGCACCUAAUGGCUUUCUACUUACAGAACUAAUUUCAAUUAAUGAGAAAAUUGAAAAAGCCCACACUGAAUCCAACAAAGAUUUAUUAUGCAGAGUUGUAGAUAUAAUUGGAAACACAGAUGACUUUGAUUUGGAUGAAAAUAGUGUUUUCUUUGAUAUUUGUAGUGUCGAUAAAAGUAUUGUACUUCAGAUCCAAGCAGCACUGAAAGAGUAUUGACUAUUGUACAAGACUGGUUGUAUAAGUUUCAUUUUUUAUAUAUAUAUAUAUAUGUUGGAAAUUUAACUUCCUCCCCCGCAAAGAACAAUCUACAAUCUUCCAACUAAGAACAGGACACACACCACUAUUAAAUUACCACCUGAACAAAAUAAACUCCACACAACUACCCCUUUGCAGACACUGCACCCACCCCUCUGAAACCGUAAACCAUAUCCUCUUUGAAUGCCCCUCCCUAAUCCACCUUAGGCAGACCCUACUUCCACUACAGCCCAACAUAACCAACACCCUGUACGGCAGUGCUGAACAACUGAAGAAAACAGCACACUUUUUUUCCUUGGCACAGUCUGCAAAAGAGCUCACAGCUCAGCAGCAAUAAAGCUGGCUAGAAGAAGAAGAAGAAGAAGAAAUGUUGGAAAUGUCAAGGAUUUUUAUUAAAUCAGCAUCUUUUUUUACUUUGAAAAUUUAGGUUCAAACUUUAAGUAAAAUAAUACUGCAUUGAAUUAACUGACAUGUCUAUGCCUUAAUUUUGAUUUUAUAGUAUUUUUUAUAGUUAACAACUGAAAAUAUAUAUUUUUUAACAAUACAGUACUUUAUAUUGUAAAUGCAAAGCAUUUUCAUUAAGCUGACUUUGAUAAAUGAUUGCUUUAAACUUGCUUCCGAUGUUAUAGUAAUUACCAUAAGCUUAGGUUUUAAAAUAUGCUUGAUGAAUGUUAACUUUUUUUUUUAUGAGGAUCUCUAUUAUAGACUGAAAAUCGAAUUCCAAAAUUGUGAUGGAAGAGCUUUUUAUUAGAUAUUGGAAGUAAUGUAACAUUGAAUAGUAGAAAUGAUUUAUUAUUACUUUAUCAAAUAUAUGGUUAUCAAAUAUAUGAGCAUAACUUCAGUAUCAUUAUGGCAUUUCUAAGUUUGUUUAUUCAGCAUUUUAAAAAGUGCAAUCAUUUUGUGUAAAUAUGUAUUUAUUAUGUAUUAAGUGAUAACACUAAUGUGUGCAACUGUCUGAGAAUGUUAUAUGUGAUAACUGCUGGUGACACAUCUAUCUUGAAAUAAAGAUUACUAUUUAUGUAAAACCCCCUUAUUUUUUUUUUUUU